AUGAUAAUUGAAAUUUAUUUAUUUAACUCCUAAAUUUUUUAAUUAUUUGAUUUUGAAUAAGGAAUGAAUAGAGACAAUACAAUUUAGUAUAGAUCCCCAUAAUAAUUACCAUCUUCAAAAAAGCCUAACAUGGAAAAUUUUCCACCACAAAGAAAUACAAAUGAAUUUAUUAAAUAGAUGAAAAAAAGAAUUGAUUAACCUCCCCUUAGCAUUGUAACUUAAAAUUCUCAAAUCAAAGAUGCAUAAUCAAUUUUUAUUGAUGUCUCUAGGAUUGAAUAAUAAUCCAAUAAUUCAAAUAAUAGUUUUUUUGACCCCUUAAAAUAACCAAUUAUUCCAUAAUGUCAUAGAUCGAAUUAACCCUCAAAUUGUACAACCUAAAGAACAAAUAGAUUAGAUAUGUAGAGAAAUAGUAAACCAUAUCUAGAUUAAACUGAUAGUAUGGGCAUGCUAUUAAUUUAACAAUAAAUGUUAUAAUUGUAAAAUGAAAACAUGAUUUUAAAACAACAAUUAGAAAAAUAGGAAAGUUAAAGAUUACUUUUUUAAUAAUAACUUCUUUAAUAAUUCUAGUCAUAAUAGCAAUAAUAGUAACAACCUAUUGUUAUAAACAAUAAUAUAACAUCUAACGAAAAGUAACCAUAAUAAUCAAAAUCUAUUCCUCCAUAAAAUAAUGAAGAAGAAUCUUAAUCCCCACCAAAAAAAAUAUAGCGCAAAAAACAAUAAUCUUAAGCCAUAUAGACAGAUAAAUCUGUAUAAGAUUAAUCUAUUAUCAAUAUUAAUGAAUCUUACUAAAAUUAAUCUUAUAUUAAUAAUUCAAAGUAAAUCAAACAAUAAUAAUAAAUCAAAUCUCUUUAAUAAUAAAAAACAAGCAUGGAAUCUUUAACUUUUGGUACAUAAUUAUCUCAAAGAAAUUUAAUUACUUAAUAAUCAUAAUAGCAAUUAUAAAAUAAUGAUUCGUUGAGCAAAAAUUAAAGUAAUCAAUAAAUUAAUUCAAAUUCUAUUCAAUUCUAAACGGAAAUAGAAUAAAAAGAUAAUUAAAUGUAAAAUAUACAAGAUAUCUAAAUAUAAAGAAAAUAUUCUUAAAUAGAUGUAAUUAAUUCUUCUGCUUAGAAAGAUCAAACUUAUAGUAUUUAUAAUUAAGAAAUACGUAAAUAAUCGUAGCCUAGUGUAAAAUUAGAAUUUAAUUUUGAAGAUGGAAAAAAUGAAUCAAAUAAAAAAUGUUUAGCUGAUUAUUUUUCAUAAAGAAAGAAAACAGCUAAUGUUGAGAGAAGAGUUUCAGUUUAAAUGCCAGCUUAAGAAGAAGAAGAAUAAAGCUGGAUUGUAAAUGUUAAGUAAAGAAGUAAGGAAGAAUAAAUCAAAUUAAGAAAAGAAAUGAUGGAAUAUGGAAGAAGCAAGAGAUAAUAAAAUAAAAGUUAAACACCAACAAUUGAAGAAAAAAAUAGUGCUAAGAAAGAAUAGGUUAAAAGAGUGAAAAGUCCAUUAAUGGAAAGAUUAGCUUUAGGAUAAAAAGCAAAAGUAAUUUUGAACUUAUUUAGGUCGAAGAAAAAGAAAUGUUUGCAUUAACUAAAAAAAAUUAUGAAAAUUUGCCAGAAGUAAAAAGCAAAAAGAAUUAAGAAGAAAUAAACAAAUAAAAGCAGCAGUUUAUGAAAGAGAGAUAAAAUAAAUUAAAAGAAUUAGAUGAUGUAAAUUAUUAUUUAAUUUUAGAAAAUUAAAGAGAAAAUGAAAAAGCCAUGA